AAUAUCAUUUGCCUUUUUUAAUUAAAUAAGUACAGUUCUCGUUAGUGAACUUUGUGACACAUCCACUUCUCACACUGUGCUCUCUUUUCACUCCAAUUCUACAUAUAAAAAACACCCUACCUCUAAUUGUGUGAUAAUUCCUUGCCUAAUUUUCCUGAUUUGAUAAUUAGGUCACGAAGAGCAGGUUAGGGAGCCAUGGCAGAUGUUGUGCAGACUAGAUGUGACAGAUUAAGGCUUUUUUUUUUUUUUUUUAAAUCUGGCGAGCCUUGUGCACGUCCUCAAAUCAACAGCCAAUCCCAUUAGUUGUGACAGGCAUGCUCAGUUAGAGCUGAUUCCAACAUGAAAGGGUUUGUGAUUAGUCACAGACACAUCAAUCUGGGAGGGAUGCAGAAGAGAGGUGCCUGCCUGUCAAAACAACAAGUCCAGUAAAAUGGCAAGUGCAGCAUAAUAGAACAAAUAAAAAUGAAUAGCUACAGUUCACUGUAAUGCAGAACAGCAAGAGCAGCAUCAAGAUAAGUUAAAUACUGUAUAUGUUGACAGAACAAAUGACAUGAUUGUAAACAUCAAGGGCGUUCAAAGAUAUAAUCCUUACCUAAUGGGUAUUACAAAAAUGUAUGGACUUACAGUAUGUCAGAGAUUCUGGGAGUAGAUGUUGAAAUGGAAAAGCAUAUAAUUACUGACAGAACUGAUUUGGAGUGUUGACACAUUGUUGGCCUGAACUUUCAUAUGUCCGGUUGGCACUGAUUCAAUUCAAUUUUGUUUUUAAUCCAGUAAAAGUACUCUGAAAGACACUUAUAAAUGGAACAUUCUAUUAUUAUAUACUAUUAUUAUACAUACGAAAAAUGUGAUUUUAGUCCCUUGGGGGUUACCUAAGAACCACUGGAGUAAGGAUAAGAAGCACUGGAGUAAGGAACUUGAUUGGGUAAAAGAAAUAUUUGGUAAUAGAUGGAAAUGCAUUUUAAUCGGUAUUUUCUUUUUUUGAAAAAAAAAAUAAAAAUAGCCGUAAGGUAAACAUCCAGUCAUACACUGUGACUAACCGUGAAACCGUGCCACCGUAACUACCCUAGUCACCAUGUUUAAUCCUUACAGAUUCUGCUGUUUUGCAAAUGCAUUCAUCAGCCAUUAACUGUUUUUUCCCAUUUCACAUAUGGCCUGGCUUCGUUUAGAAUAAAAACUCCAUAUGUGCGCACUGAUAAUUUAAGAUAGGUCAGUGCCAUUGACCUACUUUGCACACUGCUCACUGUAGCAUGCCAUAAACAAUUGCAUCAAAAACUACUCAGAUGGGCAAGUCCCCUUCUUUUCAUAACACACAACUCUCUACCUCUUUAUUUCUGGCCCUAAUUAGAUGCAUUCAUAAUUCUUAUUGAAAGUAAUCCAUUUAGGACCAGAUGCAUUUGAACUAGUAGUUAAUGUUUAUGGAUUACGUCUGAAUAUGUAUUAAGACUAUGACAUACUAUAUGCCUUAACGUCUCCACCUGGUGGUCACUCCUUGAUCUUUACAGCAGUGGAAUAGCUUCCUUUUUUUAACUCACUAAAUGUAAUUUAUGAAACAUGGAGUACAUAUAGACAGUAAGGGAUUAUAUUACAUUUUGUCCAGUUGUAACCUUAGGUCAAGAGAACUGCCAAAACUUACUCUUUUUACUGAGUUUCUGUAGUCUACAGUCAUGUCAACUUAAUCCCUCAAGGAGUCUUCAAGCAGUUCUCCAACUCUAACAUGGACAGGAAGCAAGAAUAUACAUUGAGUGGAUUUUGCUACAUGUUUAAAAGUCUAAGAGUAUAAUAAGAUAAUAAAAACCUAGCAGGGGUCAAAAACCGGAGGAAAGUUAUAAGGAAAAUAUAGCAUACAACAAAUAAAAAGGCAGCACAGGGUGAAAACCAGACAACACUAUACAUGAGAAACUAGGAAACAAGGCAAGACUAGGAAACUAGAGUACUCACCUAUGGAAAUUCACGGCUCAGAAACAUGGAGACACAUGCUUCCCCAAGAACGGGGGAGAAUCAGAGAUUUAAAAAGGAAACAAGAACAAAAUAUUAUUGCCAAAUAAAGCAAGUGGAACACAGAAAGGGUCAGUUAAUGUACAAAGCAUGGGAAGUCAAAGAGGUCAAAAGGUUUAGACUCAAAAUGUACAAGACAUUACUGAAGUUCCUUUAAAAAUACUCUUGAACAAAAUGCCAGUGAGCUGCUUUUAGCAUGUUUGAAGUUAGAGUCAAUGACCAGGUAUGAAAUGUAUUUAUCAGGCCUUUUAGUUCCACAGAGAUUGGCAGACUAGCAAUUAUGUAUAAAAGGUGGAUAUUAAGUAUAAUUUUCCAUAUUUUAGUGAGAAUUUUCUUCAUGCCACUGCAACCAAGUGUCAUCCAGAGGCUGAAUAACUGAGAAUAAAUUUCCAACCCGGUAUUAAGGGCAUGCUUUCUGAAUCCAUCAAAAUUUUAAAAGUGCAGGAUUUGCAUCACAGUUACAUAUCAUAUCCUUUAGAAGAAUAACUGGCUAAGCUCUGACUCAUGGAUAGACCUUCCAAUGUUCCUAUGCCACAUGUGCACAAGCAGGCAAAACAGCUUGCAUGGCAUUCAGGUGAUCGCACAGAAAAGAGUCAAAAAGCUGUUUAUGUACAAGGCUUCUGAUGGCUGCUUUGGAAAACCUGCUGUAGAGAAAUGUGACUAGAUUAAUCCUAAAUAAAACAAAAUAAUAUGGAUAACAUUAAUGUCUCAGUAUAUACAGCACUACAUGAAAAUGUGCUAGUAAGUCAAUAGGCAACAUAUUCUUACUUUGAGCAAUUUAAAUUCUUACUUGGUAACUUCAUAUUUUGGCCUCAUGUCUAAAAAGUGAAGGUAUUAGGAACAAGGCCAGUUAUGCUAUAGAAAUUUUCAUAGUUGAUGCAUAAGUUAGUAUUAAGUGACAUACAGUAGGUAUGUAUUCAAGUAGGCCUGUUUUAUUUUAUGAGUGCACAUGAGGCAGUUUUUCUUUUCAGCUGUUAAUCAUUCAUGUGCAAUUAAAUGUAACUAAUGUUAGUGAUAGCCAUCUCAAUGCAAUAAUAAUUACAUCAAAUCACCCAAGUUUGGCUUGGAUAAAAUGAUUCCUAGUUUGGUUUCUCUCAUUUGGCUGGAUUAAGCAAGAAUUUGGCUAUAAUUCACACCCACAGUCUGCUAAAGUAAUGUUAGAUUAAAAGGUCACUGAAUAUAUUCUAUUUUCCAGUCAUAAGGAUGCAAAAUGUGCUGAAAUCUAUAGUCACGUUUAAAUGUAAAGUAGUUUAAAAUGAGUUAAAAAUAGUUAAAAACGUUGACUUACAUUUUUCACUAUAAAAAGCCAUUCCCAUUAAUUUCACUUCAUAAUAAAACCUCAGUAUGUCAAUAUGUGUUUACGAGCUCCUUCCUCAGCCACCUGUGGCCUAAUUGUUCCACAUUGUUGUGUGUUGUUAAAUUCCCAUUUAACUGAAUCACUGCAAAAUUGCAAAAAAAAAAACAACAGGAAAGCCACACAAGCUUACGCGUUAUGUAUGUGUGUAUGUGUGUGUAUGUGCACAUGCCAGUCUGAACUCCUGUUGUUUUUUCCUCUCUGAUUUAAUCCCUCAUUCACACACAAUGGGCAAUGAGAGGGCAACUCUUUCAUCCUCAUUCUAUUCUUCACCUUUGCAACAGAUUUCCAUCAAUAUGUUGUGUGUUUAAAUGAACUAUUCUCUGCGCUGGAAUGCACUUCCAGUUCUUCACAUAUCUUUGACUUUGUCAGUUCCUCUGUUCCCUACCACCCCCACCACACACACCUCUGGCUGCCCAAGCCACAGGGUGGAGGAAACUGACUUUCCUGGAAUUGUCGGGAUAAAGCUUAUUUUUCCUGUUCGGAGGUGAAACAAGAGACAGGCCGAAGCAGACAUUAGACACAACUACCAUCCCCGAACUAAGCCAAUUAGAAUGGAAGUCAGUGUGUGCGUAUGUGUAUGUGCUGAGUAGGGCUGAAACGAAGCAAGCUGUUAGUCUGCUUUAGACAAAGCUGUCUACAUGAGGCUCUGCGUGUUGAGCCUCUCGCCACUUUCUCGAUUUGGGUCACCGAGCUUGAUCAUCAGGAGAGAUGUCGCUGCUGCCUGGUCUCGGGAGAAAUCCAUUGACAGCUGCCUGGCUCUCCCGGAUUUUGCUAAUGCCAUUCCCUCUUCGCUCCACCUAAAAAGGAUGGAAACCCUGGAGUCGGAGCUGACGUGCCCGAUCUGCCUGGAGCUAUUUGAGGACCCCCUGCUGCUGCCCUGUGCCCACAGUCUGUGCUUCAAUUGUGCUCGCCGCAUCCUGGUCUCGCAUUGCACCUCAGGUGAGCCAGCCGACGCCAUCUGCGCCUUCCAGUGCCCUACGUGCCGCUAUGCCAUUUCACUGAGCCCACAGCGUGGCCUGGAUGCACUCAAGCGCAACGUCACCCUCCAGAACAUCAUUGACCGUGUCCAAAGGGCUUCGACUUCUGCCACUCUUCUUCUGUCCUCCAGCGGGCACAGUUCACCAGGCGACAGCCCUCUAGGUGCCAUGACGACUGCCACUGCACCCUCCUCACCCACUGAGCUGGUGCAAUGCCAGUUUUGUGAGCAGGAACCGCCACAGUGUGCUGUGAAGACCUGCGUAACAUGUGAGGUGUCUUACUGCGAGGAGUGCCUGCGUGCCACCCACCCCAACAAGAAACCCUUCACUGGACAUCGCCUCAUUGAACCUUUGCCUGACUCACACCUCAGAGGCCUGCAGUGCCUUGAACAUGAGGAGGAGAAAGUGAACAUGUACUGUGUCACGGAUGAGCAGCUCAUCUGCUCCCUCUGCAAGCUGGUGGGACGGCACCGUGACCACCAGGUGGCAGCGCUAAAUGAGCGCUACGAGAAGCUAAAGCAAACAUUGGACGCUAACCUCAGCAAUUUGAUCAAGAGGAGCAAUGAGUUGGAAUCACUAAUGGGGAAGCUGAUUCAGACCUGUCAGCAUGUGGAGGUGAAUGCAUCACGACAGGAAGGAAAGCUGAUGGAAGAAUGCGACAUCUUGAUCAGCAUAAUUCAGGAGAGGAGACAGAUUAUUGGUGCCAAAAUCAAAGAGGGCAAGACGGUUCGACUGCGUAAACUAGCACAACAAAUUGCCAACUGCAAGCAGUGCAUAGAGCGCUCAUCUGCUCUCAUAACUCAAGCAGACCAGACGCUGAAAGAAACCGACCAUGCUCGCUUCCUCCAGACUGCCAAGAGCAUCUCAGAGCGAGUCUCCAUGGCUACGGCAUCCUCUCAGGUCCUGAUACCUGAGAUUAAUCUGACAGACACAUUUGACACCUUCGCAUUGGAUUUUACCAGAGAGAAGAAGAUGCUAGAAAGUCUUGAUUACCUCACAGCACCCAGUCCUCCAGGUAUCCGAGAGGAGCUGUGUACGGCAUCCUAUGACACCAUAACUGUGCACUGGACAUCUGAUGAUGAGUUCUCUGUAGUUUCUUAUGAGCUUCAGUACACCAUCUUUACUGGCCAGUCAAACAUUGUCAGUCUCUGCAACUCUGCUGACAGCUGGAUGAUUGUGCCCAACAUCAAGCAGAACCACUACACCGUUCACGGCCUGCAGAGUGGCACCAAGUACAUCUUCAUUGUCAAGGCCAUUAAUCAGGCAGGAAGUCGCAGCAGUGAGCCUGGAACACUCAAAACCAACAGUCAGCCAUUUAAGCUUGACCCAAAGUCUGCACACAGAAAGCUAAAAGUAUCCCAUGACAACCUGACGGUGGAGCGUGAUGAGAUAUCCUCAAAGAAGAGCCACGGACAGGAGCGCUUCAGCAGCCAAAGCAGCUACGGCGUUAUAGGAAACGUGUACAUCGACAGUGGCCGCCAUUAUUGGGAGGCUCUAAUUGGAGGGAGCACCUGGUAUGCUGUGGGCAUAGCCUAUAAGUCAGCACCCAAGCAUGAGUGGAUUGGGAAGAACCCUUUGUCUUGGGUGCUGUGCCGUUGCAACAAUUCCUGGGUGGUGCGCCACAACAGCAAAGAGAUGGCCAUUGACCCCUCACCACACCUGAGACGAGUCGGCGUGCUCCUGGACUACGAUGCAGGCUCUCUGGCUUUCUAUGAUGCCGUGAGCUCUCAGCACCUCCACACCUUCCAUAUCACCUUCACCCAGCCUGUUUGUCCUGUAUUUAAUGUCUGGAACAAAUGUCUUACAGUCCUAACAGGCCUUCCUAUCCCAGACCAUCUGGAGGGUGUAGAGGCUUUCGACUGAGGCUAUGGUGCUUCUUUCUAAAUAAAAGAGUGGACCUUGGGCUGCUUAGGUUUGCUUUCAGCUCUGGCCAUGACCUUGUUGGCCACAUCAUAUUUCCAAUUCAUUAAGAUUUUUUUUAAAGCAUGCACAGAAGAUUUUGACAGAAAUUCCACCUUAUAUGCAAAAGUAAAGGUUUGAUAAACCCUGAAUUCAAUUGACAAAAUAUUUUUUACCUUUGGUCUUAGUGUAUAAUAAGCAGUGAAAUUUUAAGAAGACCACAAUAAUUUGAUAUCAGGGAUUUUGGAGGAAUUUUGCACAUGUCUAUAUGUUAUAUCUAUAUUUAUGAAAAGGAGGAAGAUCACAUUAUAGUCUUUUAAUUUGGUGCAAUUACAUGAUUAGGUUUCUUAGUGCAAUUUCACCUGAUAUGCAGAUAUUAAAAAUAGUGAGCAAUGGACUAGUUUUACUUAAUAAAAAGGACAUUUCAGCAAUGCAGCAGGACUGAUUACAUGUAUACAUCAAAAGACUUUUUCCAUUUUAGGUCAAAUGAAUGCUUGCUUGUCUUUUGCCUAAUUAUGACUGUUGUGGUAUACCAGUUUUUUUUUAGCAUAUACAUCUGUUUUAUGUUCCUGAACACAUUAGCAGUAAAUCAAUACACAACUGUAUUUUAGAUACACAAUCUAUGUUGUGUGCUCACAAAAAAAAUUACACAAUUUAUAUUGUGUAUUGUAUUUGCAUUUGAGGAAGGUUGCCUGUCAUUUGUUUUUGUCAGUCUUUUUUAAUGUAUCAUUAGCAAUGGUGGCACUAAGUUCAUUUACCGACCUAACAUAGCUCAUUAAAUCAAUAUUAAAUCAAAAAUGUAUCUUCCUGCACAUAUUCCACAGUGGCAUAGAUUUCUACAUGGACUAAAACACUCACCUGUUAGCAUAAAUUAUUAAUGCAUUAGUUUUAUAUAAAAUUUUGAAAGAGUGGAAAAUUUCAAGUCUAUUUCGAGGUUUAAACAUGCAUAUACAUAUGAUAAUCUGGCAGUUUAUAACCUUACAUCUCUGUAGUGUAUAUAAAUCAUCUAUUUCUAGUUGCAGAGGGUAAAAUGUUUGCAAAGAAUUGUUUUACAGCCUUGUAUCACAGCAUGUUUUAAAAGCAGUUAAUGUAUUAGCCACUUGUUGGUAUCACGUUUUCAGUUUCUUUUCACAAAAGCAAACCAAGGAUUUGUUAAAGAGGAUUAAUCUAACUACUGAUUCACAGUGAAGCUGCCAUUAUCCACAGAAAAUCCUUUUAGGCUCAAAAAAGGGAAGCACUCUGACAGAAAUGCAAUAUCAUCACGGAUUUGAAAACACUAUGGGCUAGAUAAUCGCAGCUCAAGACACAACUUGAUGUGGCCAAAAAAUACAUUGCAUCUGAAAGUAACAAUGCUGUAGCUCAUCACGCAAACCAGGCCUGGAACCACUUACUAAAUGCACACUGUGUGAAGCACAAUUUGUGAAGCACCAAAAUGCUGGUAGAAAUGGUCAACCAUAGAGCAGUCAAAAAGAUGAUGUGCUCAUAAAUUAAGAUCUUAUUAAAUAAAGAUUCAUACUAAACAGUGUGUAAGCAUUAAUAUGGCUAAUAUAUCAAUUUAUUAUAAAUUGAUUUAAAUGAAAAUUUGACUGUGUACAGAAUAAUACCUCUGUAUAAACCUUUGUAAUUAAACUGUUUUCCCUUUUUUGUGGUUGAGUGGCAGCUUCUAUAACAUUUACAAAAUUACAAAAGUCCCGUUUAAUGUGUGAUUUUUUUUAACAUGUGAGGCAAACUGACCAGGGUUGCCUGAUCUAUGUGACAAAAGCACUCUAAUAGACAAGCAGUAUUAAAACAAGUAGCUUUAGGCUCCCAAAUGCUUCAAAAGAUUUGACCUAUUGUUGGGGAUCUUAAGGAGAGCCACAGCUUUCAGUGGCAGGGGGUCCAAGAGAGCAAAAUUGGCCAUGCUUUCUUGGUGGGAGGGAUGGCAUUACUCCCUGAGCAGCACUAAACAAAAAUGUUUUUAAGUAUUAUAUAUAUUAUGUAAUUAACAUAAAAACCACCUGCCUAAUAUUGUGUAGGUCCCCCUUGUGUCACUGAAACAGCUCUGACCCAUUGAGGCACGGACUCCACACGACCUCUAAAGGUGUGCUGUGGUAUCUAGCACCAAGAUGUUAGCAGCAGAUCCUUUAAGUCCUAUAAAUUGCAAGGUGGGGCCUCCAUGGAUCGGACUCGUUUGUCCAGCACAUCUCAAAGAUGCUAGACUGGAUUGAGAUCUGGGGAAUUUGGAGGCCAAGUCAACACUCUGAACUCUUUGUCAUGUUCCUCAAACUAUUUCUGAACAAUUUUACAAUGUGGCAAAGCGCAUUAUCCUGCUGAAAGAGGCCACUGCCAUUAGGGAGUGUAGUGAAAGGGUGUAGAUGGUCUGCAACAGUGUUUAGGUAGGUGGUACAUGUCAAAGUAACAUCCACAUGAAUGCCAGGACCUGGCACCUGGCCAUCCACACGAUGUAAAGAAAACAUGAUUCAUCAGACCAGGCCACCUUCUUCCAUUGCUCUAUGGUCCAAUUCUGAUGCUCACGUGCCCAUUAUACGUUCGGAGGUGGACAGGGGUCAGCAUGGGCAGUCUGACUGGUCUGUGGCUACACAGCCCCAUACGCAGCAAGCUGUGAUGCACUGUGUGUUCUGCCACCUUUCACUUUUUUCAGCAAUUUAUGCUACAGUACCUCUUCUGUGGGAUCAAACCAGACAGGCUAACCUUCACUCCCCCAUGUGCAUCAAUGGGCCUUGGGCGCCCAUGACCCUGUCACCGGUUCACUGGUUGUCCUAUCUUUUGGUAGGUACUAACCACUGCAUACCGGGACCACCCCCACAAGACCUGACGUUUUGAAGAUGCUCUGACCCAGUCAUCUAGCUAUCACAAUUUGUCAAAGUCACGCAGAUCCUUACGCUUGCCGAUUUUCCUGCUUCCAACACAUCAACUUCAAGAACUGACUGCACACUUGCUGCCUAAUACAUCCCAUCCCUUGACAGGUGCCACUGAAACAAGAUAAUCAAUGUUAUUCACUUCACCUGUCAGUGGUUUUAAUGUUUCGUGUGUGUGUAUACAUAUAUAUAAAGAGAGAGAGAUAAGAGAGACAUACAUAGAUAUAUCGUCCCUAAAUAGUUCUUACACCAUGUUCACAAGCAUUGUGCUGAGAUUGCAUUUAGGCUUGCAUGCCAGUUGUGUAGAUAUAUCAAGGUUUUGUAGGCACAAUGUGGUAUAACUACAUCUAAAACAGGAGAAAAAGCUUACUGCACCUGGCCCUACGUCUAGCGCAAUACGACCAGACACAGAAAGAAAGCAAACUCCCAUUCAUUUGUCCAAAAUGAUGCAAUAGCUUUGAAAAUGUAUAAGCUGACACUGCAGCCACAUUUCAUAACAUAGGCUUAAACAAGUAGGACUAGGAUGGACAGACAGACAGAUGGAUGCCUGGACAGAAUGACAGAAGGGCAGACAGAUGGACAACACAAAAAAAUAAUGCCUUCAUCACCUAGUAGCGGAGGCAAAAAAAAAAAAAUUUCUAUGAAUUAUGUGCUUGUAAUGCAUUCAAAAUGCAUUUAUGAGGUUACAUAGCAUACAGUACAUAAUACCUCAUUAUGGUUUGGCAUAGGCUUGUGUAAACAUCCAUAAGCAGUUAUAAUUAAAUGUAGUAUAUAUCUAGUAACCAUUAUGCAUUUUUAUCUAACCUCUUAGGUUAGGUCAUGUUAUAACUGUUUGUAAAAACAAAUACAGUCCCCUCCGAAAGUAUUGGAACAGCAAGGCCAGUUCUUUUGUUCUGUCUAUACAGUGAAGACAUUUGGGUUUGAGAUCAAAAGAUGAAUAUGAGACAAUGUCACUUCCUGAUAUUUACAUCUAGAUGUGUAAAACAAUUUUUAGGUGAGCAAAAGUAUAGGAACUCAUAGUUUUAAAGUAAUUUAAAGUAAAUAACACUUAAUAUUUGGUUGCAUAUCCCUUGCUUGCAAAAACUGCAUCAAGCCAGCCAACCACUGACAUCACCAAACUGUUGCAUACUUCUUUUCUCAGCUUGUAUCACAGCUUCUUUCAGUUGUUGUUGUUUUUGGGGAGUUUCCAAAAAAAGUCAGUCUCACCUUCAGGAGCUGAAAUGCAUGCUCAAUUGGGUUAAAGUAUAAUGUUUCUGUAGACUUCUGAAUUCAUUCUGCUGUUACCAUCAUGAGUUACAUCAGCAGUAAAGAUUAGUGAGCCCAUUCCAGAGGAAGACAUGCAAUCCAAGCCAUUACACUACCUCCACUGUGCUUUAACGAUGAGCUCAUAUGUUUUGGAUCAUGAGCAGAUCCUUUCUUUCUCCACACUUUGGCCUUUACAUCACUUUGUUAGAGGUUAAUCUUGGUUCCAGAAUUUUUGUGGCUCAUCUCUGUAUUUCUUUGAGAAUUCCAAUCUGGCCUUCUGAUUCUUACUUCUGAUAAGUAAUUUGCAUCUUGUGGUAUGGCCUCUAUAUUUCUAUUCUCAAAGUCUUUUUUGUGGAUUGUGAUAUCUUCACCCCUGCCCUGUCACUGACUGUUGUUUUUGGGGUUUUAUUCACAGCUCUCACAAUGUUUCUGUCAUCAACUGCUGUUGUUUUCCUUGGCUGACAUGUUCAAUGUCUGGCUGUUAGUACAGUGGUUUCUUUCUUAUUCAGAACAUUCCAAAUUGUUGUAUUGGUUAUGACCAAUGCUUGUGCAAUGGCUCUGAUGAUUUCCCCCUUUUCUCAGCUUCCUUGCUUUUCUCCCAUAGACAGCUCUCUGGUCUUCAUAUUGGUUUAUCCAAUUUAACAACAAAUGCAGUCUUCAAAGGCGAAACUCUGGGCUCAAUCCAACAGUAGACAUUCAGAGCUAUUAAUUGUUUACACAAUCAAUCUAACAGGACACACCUGGGCAACAAGAAGCACCUGUCAGUCACAUGUUCUGCAUAUUUUUGAUCACAUGAAAUAUAGGUUCAAAAGGUACCAUGUUCUAAGUUGUUUAACAUAUCUAGAUGUAAAUAUCAAGAAAUGAAAGGAGAAAUUCUGAUCUAUCAUCUUAUAUUCAUUUUUUGAUCUCAAACUCAAAUGUCUUCAGUGUAUAGCAAAAACAAAAGAAUUGAAACUCGCUUUGUGCACAUGGUCACAGUCAUGCUGGAACAGGGAGGGGCCUUCCCCAAACAGUUGCUACAAAGGUGGAAGCAUACAAAUGUGUAAAAUGCCUUUGUAUGCUGUAGCAUUAACAUUACUCUUCACUGGAAUUAAGGGGCCUAGCCCAAACGCUGAAAAACAGCACCAGACCAUUGCCACUACUAAACCUAAUUUUACUCUUGGCACUAUGCAUUCUGGUAGGUAGUGUUCCCCUGUCAUCCACCAAACCCAGAUUCAUCCAUCAGACUGCAAAAUAGUGAAGCGUGAUUCAUCACUCUAGAGAACAUGUUUCCACUGCUCUAGAGUCCAGUGGCAGUGUGCUUUACACCACUCCAGCUGACACUUGGCAUUGUGCAUAGAGAGCUUAGGCUUGUGUGCAGCUGUUCGGCCACAGAAAUGUAUUUCAUGAAGCUCCUGACACACAGCUCUGGUGCUGAUGUUGCUUCCAGGGGCAGUUUGGAACUCUGUAGUGAGUGAUGCAACAGAGCAAAGGCAAUUUUUACAUGAUAUGUGCUUCAGCAGUCAGUGACUUCAUGGAUGAGGUGUUGUUGCUCCUAGAAGCUUCAAAUUCACAAUAAUAGCACUUACAGUUGUCCAGAGCAGAUCUAGCAGGGCAGAAAUUUCAAGAACUGACUUGUAGCAAAGGUGGCAUCCUAUGACAAUGCCACGUUUAAAGUAACUGAGCUCUUCUGUGUGAUCCAUUCUACUACCAAUGUCUAUGGAGAAUGCAUGGCUAUUUUAUGCACCUGUUAGCAGGGUGGGUGUGGCUGAAACACUGAACUCAAUAAUUAGAAAGGGUGUCUACAUAGUUUUGACCAUACAGUGUAUCUGUUUAUAAUUUAUAGUGCACUAUAACAUAUCUUUGGUUUCUCAAAUUGUACUCCAGUGUUUAUAAAAACAUAACUCAUAAUAAAGUAUUAUGCAAGGCUAGUACAGGUUUUAA